AGACCAUCAGUUUGGAGGAAGUGCUUCAGUGGAUUGCAUGCAAUGGGAUUACGGGCUCAUUCCUCAGUGGAUUUUGUGUGUUAGGAAGUGGUGAGAAAAGGGCUGUUUCCUGAUCAGGAAACAUUCCUCAGCAGCAAGUGCUAAAAGUGCUAAAUUUUGUGAGGAUUAACUUCUUGAGGUGUCUUCUUGGUGACAAGUGACAGGUUUAGGCCUGGAUCUGGGAUACCUAUCCCGCAGGGACAAAUCGAUAGAGGGAGUGUGGUGUUAAGGAAUUUUCAUCAAUUUCGCAUUUUGAAGGAGUUAUUUUGGAGAAGGACAGCUUGAUGAUGGAAAAGGAAUCAACACAGUCGCGAAUACCACGGAUAAAUGGGCUGUCGGGGAGGACAGGAUUGCCGGUGAGUGUUUUGGGGCAUGGCAAAGUAGGCGGUGGAAAGGGAACAAGUUUCCUGGCCACAACAACAUCAAAAUUGGGCAAAUUUGCGCCGAAUUUGCUGAGAGGAGGUGCUCCUGGGAGUCGAUUGAGGCCGGGAGUGUUGAAUUUGGGCGGAAGUGGGGCCGGGAAGGGGCUUCAGGGGACAUUUGAGGUGCCAAAAUCGUGCUCCAAUGAGAAUAUUAGCUGUAAGAGGGGUCCAGGGCUCACAAUGGCUGAGGAGGAUUGUGAGAUGCUGGUGGAUGAGACGAUAAGUCUUGUGGGUAGUACAGAUCAUUUGGCCCUGCAGGAUGAUGAAUUGGAGCUGGAUGAGACAAUUUCGAGGACUCGGGGAGGUCUAACGCCCGAAGACUGUGAUAAGGGAUUACCUUUGGGUGAUCGAACGCAAAUUUUUCAUUCAACUUUUGACGUUAGUCACCACCAUUCCCGUCCACCAAUGAAUUCCACUCCAAAUGCCGAAGAAGCUCCCCAUCUGACCUUCAAUGUCAGCAAGAUGGGGGAUCAGGUGGGUGGUGAGAAUCCCCUACAGUUGACGUAUGUUAUGUCCGAGGGAGGUGGUGCAAAAGUCAGCACGGAGAAUCUUCUGGAAGGGACAGAAAAGAAGCCAUCAAGUGACGGGAGGAAUUUUACAAAGCCGACAAAUCUGCUUAUGCUGAGUCCCAAGGAUCCGGAUAAGACACUCGUGGAAGCCACAGAAGAACCUCCGGAGUUGUCAGGGAAGUCAGCAACGCCAAAGCCACGCUUCUCUUUUGGCCUAGAUCUUACAGAUUGCACACUGGAUUGUUCCAUUGAACUCUGUGACAUUUCACUGGCAUCUUCGGGAAAAGCCACAAAGUCCCCAAUAACUUCGCUGCAUAAGCAGAAUUCCUUCGAGAUGGACGAGAGUUUGGGCAUUUUGACGCCGGAUCAGAUGAAAGAAUUCCUCGAUUCUAACAAUCUCGAAUUGCCUCUGGCACAGAAUUCGCUCAAUUCCCUGACGGGCGACCACAAAGUCUCAAUGCAUCAGUGCCGGGUGGAUCAGACACCGUCACCCGAAGAGCUGCCUCUGGAUCCGGUGGCCGUGAAGACGGAUACAGCUCUUGUGAUGAGCAAUCCGCAGCAGAUUGCGGGGAAUCAGUAUCAGGAAGUGUCUCAGACAGAUUCUGAUCCUAAGACUGACCAAAUGACCAAGUCUGUGGCAUCGAAGGUGUCUGUGAGCUUUAUCACGAGCGUCACGAGUAUCACGAGCCUGGACACGGGGUAUCAGGGAGACGGUGAGAUGUCCAGGCCGGCGAGUCGUGGAGCUGAUCAUUCCCCAUCAAAUGGCCCAAGAGCAAAAGCUCCGCCAGUUCAGGCAUUCAAUGCCGCUCCGGUGCCGCGGAGGCAGGAUCCCAUGACGGAUUCUGACUUUUUCACUGAGAGCGAUGCCGAUGACAUUUUUCAUCAUCAACGCGGGGGCGACAGGAGGGCACAGGUGAUCGAUGGGCAGCUGUAUGGACCAUCGAUGCAGGCAGCUAAUGUGUAUAUUCAUCAGCCGCAGCAGGGAGAUGAUUCCUGCAUGGAGUCCAGUGGAAUCUUCACGGAUGUCGACAAUCGGGCUGAGGAUGAUUUUACGCAUCGUUGUGCAGAGAAUGACAUGUCCCCGGACGGUUCCACGGACACUCUUCAGAGCAAUGGGACGGAAUGCAGUCAGAAGAAGGGCAGUGCAAGUCAAUCACCUGCCUCGUUGCCCAGUCAACCCUCGCAGCAAUUGCUGAAUCCCUCGCCGGCGGGAGUCAAUGCUAGUGCGAAGACGGUGGAGGAGAAGGCAACUGAUGACGCGACGGCUAUCGCUGAAGUUCGCGGGGCACAGAAAUCGGCGAACUCGGGCGAUAUGGACAGUGAUAAGAGCACAAUUGCCACACAGCGAUCAGUGAAGAAAGUCAGUCCCAAUCGGAAGCACGUUAAGAGUGAGAUGGGAAGUGCUGGGAAGGUUCGUGAGGUCCGGAGGGCAAAUACCGUUGGUGGAAUGAGGAGUGCCCAUGACAGUGACAUGGAGAAUCAGGAGAACAAGGUGCCGCAGAAGAAAAUCAAACCGCCAAAUAAGUGGGAUGGGGUGAUGAAUAAAAUAGCCGAAGGGAAGACCACCGGGAAGACUAAACUCAAUAUCAGUGAUGUGAAAUCCAAAGUGUUUUGUGGACUGUCGAGGGGAUCCAGUAAAAUUUCGGCAACGGGAAGCAGCACUGAGCAGAAUUCACCAAAGAGAUUGACCAUCGCGGCCAAGAGGGGACGGACUUACAGCAAAGACAGUCAACAGAGUUCGCAGAGUGACUUGAGUGUUUCUGGAGGUGGUUGUUCGCCAAAAUUGCAACCAAAGUCUUCUAUCUUAUCACGUACUGCAAAAAAGCGCGAUGUACGCACAAUUACGGCAUCUCCCAGUGAUCUUGGACCACCAAAUAAGACAACGGGCAAUAAUGCAAAUGUCAGGAAUGCCAGAGUCAACAACAAUGCACCACAGAAACGAUCACCAACGAUCACGGUGCAACAGUCACUUCCGGCCACUGUACCUGAUGCCAACAAAGGAUCACCACCGGCAAAGAGAAUGGUGCAGAGGCGACAGCAAAUCUCAUCGCAGCCUCCGACUCAGGCUAAAUUGCCUCUCAAAGAUCACAAUCGAUUGGCGGGAGUUGUUCCACUUGCCACAAAAAAUAUUCCUGGGAGCAUAAAUCACCAGAAAGUGGCGUCUGGAGUGCGUCAGCAGCAGCAAUCACCGGGUGUUGUCACGAAGAAUGGCUCAAUUGUGGCACCAAUUGCUGAAAAUGGCUUCACCGGAAGUCACCAGACGCUGGUCAAGACGCCAAAGACGAAUGGUGUCUUGCCGGAGAGACUGACCCAGUGUCGUGAUCUUGCUCAUGCCAAUCGUGGUUUUGAGGCACUGGGAGUUGUCAUCCAGUAUCUGGUCCACAGUCUGGAUGCUUUUUCCAUGCCAACGCUGAAACAGAAUCACGAGAGGACGACGAGAAAAUUGUUAGAGGCGAGAUUGGCUCUCGAUGAGACACGCACGAUGUGUCAGGAGCUGGAAGUGAGGCUAAUGGAGCAGGAGGGACGUGAAGUCCAGCUGAGGGAAGAUCAUCUCAGCGAAAAGGAACAAAUGGAAUCCCGCCUGAUGGAAGUGGAGACACGUUUUCGCUCAUUUGUCGCUGAGUCCAAUGAAUUGCGCGCGACAAAGGAGUCUGAGCUGAAAGAGGCAAAGUUGCGUGAGACUGAUCUCAUGCAACGAGUCAGUGAUCUGAGUACGACAGAAAAUGCCCUGAGGGACAAAGUGGUGGCCAGUGAGGCGGAAUUUGGGGAGAAGCUCCGACUGGCGGCGAUGCGUGAGCGUGAAUUACAGGAAAAGACCAUUCAGUUGCAGCGACAAUUGGAUGAGACCAAAGCCAAAGGUGAGAUGCGAGAACGAGAGUUGGAGGAGAAGGUGAAUCUGCUGCAGGAUGAAUUGUCAGUGCUGAGGCAUGCCAGAGCCACCAAUGGACCCACACCAACAUCACCAACAACACGCCAACGCACCACAAGUUCCUCCGGCAAUCACAAUCAAGUGCUGCAGGACGAAGUGGAGAGUCUUCGCUGUGUGCUGGAGCUCAAACAGAGUGAAAUCUCUGAUCUGAGGAAGCACAAUCAGGAACUUCAGCGAGCAGCUGAUGAACAAUUGGCCACCAUGGUUAAACUUUCGGCGGCUGAGAGCCGUGUGGAGGAUCUCGAGGUGCAACUUGGAGCGAAAAUUAACGAGGAAAAGGAACUGCUGGCGAAAAAUAAAACGCUGCAGGAGUCGUAUAUUCGUGAGCAGAACAACUGCAGUCGCCUGGUGCUGCACAAUGAGGAAUUGCAGUGGAAAUUGAAGCACAACAGUGAAAAAUUCUCCAGGACCAUUACGGAAUUGUCCAAGAGCUACCACGAAGCCAGAUGCUUGUCAAACUCAUCCACUCCCCAGGCUGCUGCCCCCCUGCUGACUCCUACGCGGCGUCAGAGUGACAGGCCGCGGACAAAUGGCGGGGAUGCACGGUUGAUGGAAUCCUUCGAGAUGGACGAUGUGUCACCGCCGACGUCGCCCGUGAUGAAGGGGAUCGUGGAGAAGAGUGAUUCGGUGUCGUGGGUGUUGGAGAUGGAGGAUGAGUCUGCAGAGGCGUUGGCGUCCAGAGUGGUUCGAAGAGCUGGAUCCUUUCGGGCUCAGUCCACGGAGAAGACACCAGGUACGCUGAAGCGGACAAAGGGAGCAGCUGCUCUGAGUCAGUCAGCGAGUGCUGCGUCGAUUCUGCAUCAGCAGCCUCAGGAUUCACCGCGCAAUAGAUCGCAAUCGAUGAGUUUGAGGGCGUCUGGACGAAAUUUGGCCAGGUCCAAUUCCGUCCAGACUCCUUCGUGCUCUUCGAGGGUGGUGGAAUGGCGAGAGCCAAAUUUCACGUCAUCCCCAUUGCCUGGAAAAUCACCGCCGGCCAAGGAUGGCGGCGGCGGCGGCAGUGGUCGAGGGGGAGGCAAAAAGAGGGCAAAUCUCAUCACAUGUGACACUUCAGCUCUCACUCCAAGAUCCGAAAGGGCAAGGCUGCAGCUGCCCACGCACUCUUCCGUGCACGAUCUGCAGAAUCUGCAGCCGAAGGAGUCAGCCGGGGAGGCAAUGGUGUCAGGGUCAAAUAGUGAAGAUGAGGCUUCGUCGGUGGAUUCAUCGUCGGCGGCUUCGUCCAGUUGCGGCGAAGAGAGCAGCAGCAAUUCGGCCUCCCCGACUAAUCGAAGGCUUCGCCUGGGAGAUUUUGUGAUGAACAAGAUUGUGGCCAGCCUGAAGGACAAUGAAGGGGCCACGCCCAUGGAGGUCACCUGGUCAGAGGAUGGGGAGCAGUAUCCGUCAGAGUCGAUUGUUUGACAGGAUGACAGCUUCUAAGCCGGAUUUGUUGCCGUAAGUCAUUUUUUUUUAGUA